AUGGUCAAGACUGAAGAUGCAGCCAAGGCCUUCAACACUGAGCGCGAGCCAUACAAGUGCACCUACUGUGGGAAGCUGGGACACACCGUCGAUCGCUGUUGGUCCAAGCAGAAUAAUGAAAGUCGAGGAGACCGACGCGGCGGCAAUGGUCGUGGACGCGGGGCAAACAAUGUCCAGUGGGGACAAUAUCGUGAUGAAGACAGCGACUACGAUCAAUUAGCGUUUGCAGUUUCGCUAGAGUGUGGACUCUCAGCGAAGAAGGACGUGUCCGGAAUGUGA